ACCGCGCAUUUCAAACGAUACACUCGCGAACUGCAAAUGUAUUUUCCAAAAACCCCCGAGGUCAAUGACACAAGUUCGGAAGGACUCGAAAUGUUACGGUUCUAAUCGAUUCUCGUAUUCAUGAUCGAUUUGCUGAGGUGGUUAGCGAUAUUCUAGUGUUUUGUUUAGUUUCAAUGAAGAUGUACGCUUGAUGGACUGAAGUACAUACAUGAACAAAAGUGGUUUAAAUAAGACAGUAAAGAUGUAUACAAAAGUGUUAGUGAUGCUAAUAGCGGUGUCUCUGAUGCCAAUGGUCCUAUCGAGGACGCGGCGGUAUUCAAGAAUGCAAUCAAACACAUUAUACAAGAUCAGAUGUGAUUUGAAGUGCUUUGACAUGAGUAAGGAGGAGAAGCCGCUGUGCAAAUCACAAUGCCGGACACACGAGGAGAAGCCGGGCACGUGUCCAAUAUCAGACACGCCGAAGUGGGAAGCGGCGUGUGUGGAGGCAUGUAACUCUGAUGCUCAGUGUGAUGGCACGCAAAGAUGCUGCCGUCAUUCCUGCGGGUCUACGUGCAGCGAACCUGUGGAUCUCUUGACUGUUCCUGGACUCCCAGCCAUGCCAGUCAUAGGAGAACCCAAAGAGAAGAAACGAGCAGUUGUCAUCAGAUGGUCUAGCGGUGUGGGGGAUGUGGCAAGGGCGGUCCCUGGUCCCGUCUUCUAUGUUCUAGAGGAACAACACCAUCUGGGACCAAAGUAUGAAGAAGUGAGAUUAGGAGACUGGAAUUUAUUGUUGAGGACGAAUAAGACCAAGGUAUCACUUCGAAAUGCCUUGAAACCGGGCCGUUGGUAUCGGUUCCGAGUGGCAGCGGUCAGUGCUUCUGGCACGCGAGGAUUCUCAGCACCUAGUCCUGCCUUCACGCCAAGGCGAGGUCCUCGCCCGCCGCCGUCGCCGAAGAAACUUAAAGUUAAACCUGUUCGAGAGGAGAAUGGCACUGUUACCGUAAGACUGGAAUGGAAGGAGCCACAUUCAGACUUGCCAGUGAUGAGGUAUAAGGUGUUUUGGAGUAGGCGAGUUAAGGGGUUGGGAGGAGAACUGGAUUCAGUGCUCGUCAACCACCAAACGGUGCCUAAGGACCAAAACUUCAUAGAAAUCAAGGACUUGCAACCAAACUCAAUGUAUUUCUUACAAGUGCAAACCAUCAGUCAAUUUGGUCUGGGAAAACUUCGCAGCGACAAGGCAUCUAUUUUCUACAACACCACAAGCUUAACACAACCUCCCCCCGCGCCCCUUCAGAGACGCGACAGUAAAAAGAUAAAAGGGUUGUGCCUACAUAAAAUUGUGUGGUUCAACCACAAAAUAAAGGCAAGAAUCGGAUGGCAGCCCCUUCCCAACGUUUACGAGCAACCUGGAAGGUAUUACGUCCACUGGAAAACGAUUAAAUGUAACGAUCCCAAAAAACUACGAUCAGAAGGCCUAAGCGCUAUAACAGAGCAAACCACCUUUGAACUAUACGAAUUGGAAUAUCAAUGCAGUUAUAAGGUUAAUGUUAAUUCAAUGCCACGGGUAAGAAUUCCAGACUCAGAAUUAUCUAUACAUGUUCCUGCCUGUGAAUAUUUCAAGCGGAAAGUUAAUACUACUGUGAUUAAUUGUAACAACAUUUGAUUAUAAAAAUAAUAAAAACGACUGAAGUGUUCCAAGCUGUUAAGUUGGAAAUAGUUGAUAAAUAAGUAGUAAUUGUUUUAUGUAUACUAUGACAUAGAGAACUACGUGCCGAAACAUAAUUUCGUUAUUUUUAGUAUUAAGUUGGACUUAAAAAAACUGUUACUUUAAGUAGAUGUAAGCAGUUAUAAAUUUUUACACGUAGACAGUAUUUUUUUGGAAAUAAACAUAAAGCUCUUUCAUGUUUAUUAAGAAAAAACAAAACUAUGACAUUUUAUUUAUUAAAAAUAUUGAAAAUUA